AUUCUCUCUCCAGCACCAUCCGCAUCCAUGCUGAGCUGAAAACAUACCAUAGACAACGCAGCAACGUCCAACAUGGCGUGCCACGCAAUGAAAGCGUUCCUAGUGAUCCUUCGCACGAUCCUCGACAGAAUCAUAGACUUCGCCUUCUCUCUGGUCUGGGAGGGGCAGAAGGCGUUCCGGAUCCCUGACCUGGAUAAGAAGCAUGCGAUCCUGGCUGAAAGUGCUACCAGCCUCGCGGCGAAGAUAAAGAAAGGACAGCUGAAGUCUGAAGAUUUGGUGCAAGCUGUUAUUGAGAGGAUUAAAGCGGUGAACCCAGUAAUCAACGCGAUAGCUGACGAGCGCUACACAGCUGCUCUGGAGGAGGCUCGCGACGUGGACCGCCGUGUGGCAGCCGGGCUCAGUGCUGAAGACCUGGCCAAACCCUUCCUCGGCGUCCCAUUCACUACCAAGGAGAGCCAGACUGUAGCCGGUCUCCGCAACACGCUGGGUCUGUGGUCGCGGCGAGAAGUCCGCGCCACACAGGACAGCGAGGCGGUGCGGCGCCUGCGCGCGGCCGGCGCCUUCCCCGUCGCUGCCACCAACCUGCCCGAGCUGCUGCUGUGGCAAGAGACCCGCAACAACGUGUACGGGCAGACGAACAACCCGCACCACGCGGGGCGCACGGCUGGCGGCUCCAGCGGCGCCGAGGCCGCGCUGACGGCGUCCUAUGCAACGCCCAUCAGCCUCUGCUCUGACCUGGGUGGGUCCACUCGGAUGCCGGCGUUCUACUGCGGGAUGUUCGGACACCACCCCACUGCCAACACCACUAACCUGAAAGGCAUCCUACGUCGUGAAGGCGAGGAGGAGUCGAUGUUCGCGCUAGGCUUCAUCUCCAAGCACGUGGAGGACCUGGCGCCGCUGCAGAAGGUCAUCGCCGGGCCCAAGGCGCCGCUGCUGAAGUUGGAUAGACAUGUGGAUGUUAAGGACAUCAAGUUCUUCUACCUGGAAUCGAGUGACGACUGCCACGUCAGCAGCAUCAGACCCGAACUAAGGAGUGCCAUGACAAGGGUAGUAUCGAAACUCUCCUCAUCAGUACCAACCUCCAACGCUCCGGAACCCUACAGCCACCCGGGGUUCUCGCACAUGUACCAGCUCUGGAACUACUGGAUGACGAAGGAACCUGAGACCUUCGCGCAGAUGUUCACCGACUGGCAGGGAGAGGCCAAGUGGUGCACGGAGCUGGCUAAGAAGUUGUUCUGCAUGAGCAACCACUGCCUGUCUGCCGUGGUGCGGCUCGCGGAGACCCAGGUGAUGCCCACCGCCGACCCUCAGUGGGCAGAGCAGAUCAGUAAGGAGCUGAAGGAAGACUUGUUUACUAAGCUAGGCACCAACGGAGUGCUCCUGUUCCCAUCGGCCCCGCACGCGGCGCCCUACCACUACUCGGCGUUCCUGCGGCCCUACAACUUCGCCUACUGGGCCAUGGUCAACGCGCUCAAGUGUCCCGCUACACAGGUGCCGCUAGGAGUGAACAGCGAGGGUCUGCCCAUAGGGAUCCAGGUGUUGGCCGCCCCAUACAACGACGCCUUGUGUCUGAGCGUUGCCAAAUACUUGGAGGAACAAUUCGGUGGAGCCGUCAUGGCUUGUAAAGCUAAUUAGGUUGUAAGGUGGAUUAUUUUAUAGUGUAAAAGUAAAUUUAUUUCUCAAAUAAAUUUUGUAAUAAAUGUUUUUGUUACCUACUUUGAAA